AGUUAGAAGCUGUAAAUCGAAGAGUGAAAUGGUUGAAGGAGCGAAGAGAGAUACUUGGGGAGGAAAGGCCGAAUUUCUUCUAUCGUGCAUUGGUUAUGCAGUAGGAUUGGGUACAAUAUGGAGAUUUCCCUAUGUAUGUUACCAGGGUGGUGGAGCCGCUUUCCUUAUUCCUUAUACAAUAUAUCUACUACUUUUUGGUAUACCAUUAAUAAUGUUGGAAAUGGGUUUGGGGCAAUUUUCCAACAAAGGACCAAUUGGUGUAUGGGAAAUAAGUCCUCUGUUCAAAGGUGUCGGUUAUGCAAUGUGUAUAAUUUGCGGAAUAACUUCCGUUUACUAUAACGUAAUUAUUUCUUGGACUUUGUACUUCUUUACACAAUCAUUUCGCUCACCUCUACCAUGGUCGAAUUGCAACAAUACUUGGAAUAAUCCGGAAACUUGUAGAGUUGUCUUCUCUAGAAAUUCAACUGAUAAUUUUACUAUAUCGAAAACUUGCGAAGUUAACCAAACUAUUAUACAAACACCAAGCGAACAAUUUUGGGAGAGAAAUGUUCUUCAACUGUCCUCUGGAAUUGAAAAUUUAGGUGGUUUGAAAAAAACUUGGCAUCUCUUUUUGGCCAAUGCCGUGGCUUGGAUCCUUGUAUUUUUAUGCUUGAUCAAAGGAAUUAAAUCCUCAGGCAAAGUUGUCUACAUUACAGUCACUUUCCCUUAUAUAGUUCUGAUCACUUUCUUCAUCCGAGCGGUUACAUUAGACGGAGCGUCGGAUGGUCUUUGGUUUUACUUUGUACCUAAAUGGUCGAAAUUAUUAGACUUCGAACCAUGGUCGAAAGCAGCUAUGCAACUGUUUUAUAGCAUGGGGGCUGCAUGGGGAAGUCUCAUCACAUUCUCCAGUUACAAUAAAUACAAAAAUAAUUUCUACCGAGAUGCCAUUAUCGUCGGUCUGACCGAUACUUUGACAGCGAUAUUUGCGGGAAUGGUGAUAUUCUGCAUUAUAGGUUUUAUGUCUAAGCAGACCGGUUUAGACAUCGAAGACGUUGUCGUUCAGGGUCCAGGUUUAGUGUUUGUUGUAUAUCCAGAAGCCAUUACACAAUUUCCAGGACCAAAGAAUUUUUGGGCCGUUUUAUUUUUCAUAUUUUUGUUUACAGUCGGUAUUGACAGUCAGUUCGGCAUGAUUGAAACGAUGAUGACAACUCUUGUUGAUGAAUUACCUAAAAAAGCAUCAAAAGCGAAAAUUUUCUUGACUAUGUUCGUGUGUUUUGUAGGUUUGAUCCUUGGAAUACCUUGUGUCACGCAGGGCGGAAUGUACUUCCUGCACAUAAUGGAUUGGUACGCGUCUACAUUUUCUUUGAUGAUCAUUUCUUUCAUUGAAUGUGUCGUAAUUGCCUGGAUUUAUGGUGUCAAUAAAUUUCGUAGCGAUACAGCUAGUAUGCUUGGGCAUAAUUUAUCAAUGUAUUGGAUCUUUUCUUGGAAAUUCAUAUCUCCUGCCCUUAUUUUGUUCGUGUUCAUAAGUGCUGUUGUGAAACACAAAAGUGUUACUUACGGCUGCUACGUUUAUCCAGGAUGGGCAGUAAGUAUCGGUUGGAUGUUCGCGUUAUGCUCUAUUUUAGUGAUACCUGCUGUAGCUGUGUACAGCAUCCUUUGUCAUGCCAAGGGAACUUUUGUUCAGAGAGUGAAAAUGCUUUUGAGACCAACGGAUAAUUGGAAACCAGCCAUAGAUGAAGAGCAAGAGCCGCACGAACAUCAGAAAUUAUCUGAAUCUGCCUUCAAUAACUCAGAUUCUGGCGAGGUUACUAAUUCGAAAGCCUGA